AUGGCCGAUGAGCCUCCGGAACAUAUCGCGCCUCGAUUCGAGGACAUCUCCAUCGGCACUGCCACCGCCGUUGCCUCUGCUCCGACUGCCGAGCUUGCGCCUCCCUACUCGGUUGAUCCCGAGGGCCAGCACGUCCCACAAACGCCGAUGCUGUAUCCGGCGCUUGAUGAUCUUGCCCCGACUGCCGUCUACACCACCAUUCGUGCCUGGCUCCAGGCACAGAAGCAGGCUGACAAGGCGGCCAUGGGCGAGCCGGCGCUGGUGACCGCCGCUGCCGCAGUCUCGGCAUCAGCUGCCACGUCGGUUCUUCCACUCGAGGCCGCUGCAGGGCCGACGCUUGCCGAACUGCUGGACACUCCGCUUGCGCCGUACGUCUCGCCGUUUCUCGACGGCAGUCAGAACUCGCUCGCUCCGCUUCCCAGCCCGGACCCUGACUUUGCCGCACUCGUCGACGAGUACUUUGCCGCCGCGCUCGCUGCUGAGGCCUCGUGGUCUGCCAUCGAAGCAUACAAGGCCGAGCUGCGGACCAAGGCCAAUGCAGUGUGGACAACCUCGUCACUCACUGUCUCACCACAGGCUCGCUGCGGCGACGGCAAGCUUCUCACCACCUCGUUCACCUACGACCGCGCGGACUACUCGCACGAGGCCGCGUCGGCCGUCGCCACCGACUUGGCUGCCCUACGCGCCGAGUGGAGCACCUCGCUCAACCUGGCCAUCUUCAAGCUCUCACUCACCUCGAUGCGCGUCGAUGUGUGCGUCACCCGCGCCCUUGCUGCCGCCGCCGACCAGGCCGCCGUGCCUCCCCACUCCCCGCCGGCGCUCCUCGACUCGUCGCCGCUCCCGCACGCCCUUCGCUCCCGCCUCCUCGCCAUGCUCUCUGUUCUCUUCUCAUACGAGCAAAAGGCGCUUGGCAAGGUCGGCACCUAUACCGCCCAGCUCUCGGACACCCUCCGGUCGUGGAUCCUUGCCAUCGGCGGUAUGCUCCUUCGCGUCGGCGACGUCGGCAUCCACUCGGCCCUCCUCGAGAUGCUGCUGCGAUGCCGCGGAGUGGCAGACUGGGGUGUUGUCCUUCUGCAGUUUCCUCCGCUUCCAUGGAACGACGCCAUCCUCCACCACUUUGUGGCCACUCUCACCCGCCUCCUCAACCCGGUCGUCGCCGAUGCCGAGGCCCGCCCUGUUCUCUCCGAGAGCGAUUUUCUCGCUCUCCUCGAGCAGAUGCCGUUUGGCAACCUCUUCUGUCACCUCAUGUUUGCCGCGCGCCACCUCGACUUUCCCUCGUACACCGAGCAUGUCUUUGCACUCUCUACCUUUCUCCUCGACACCACCUGCUCCUCGCUCGCCGCCCUCGCCGAGUAUCCCUCGCUCGGCGCCCGCCUCGGCGCCAUCCUCGUCGCACUUGUCAAGUUCUGGGAAGUCUACUCGGUCGUCGCCGCGAGUUCGAGCCUUUGGUCGCCGCGGCUCACCUCGCACCUCGAUCGUUUCUACCUCCUCACUCUCCACCGCGUCCUUGCCACACCCGGCUCGCGUGCCCGUCGCUUUCUCCCGCUCCUUCCGGCCGUCGAGCUUUCGCAGACCACCGCUUGGCACGCCUUUCUUGUCCUCUACCUCGAGCUUGAUCCAAGUCACAUGAGCCUUGUCGCCAACAUCUCGUCGCACGGCCAGUGGCUCGCCGCCUUAGAUGCAUACCCUGAGCUGCGCGCCACUUUUAUGCGAAGCUUUGACACCGAGGACGAGCUCAACUCGUCACGCGCCGUCUUUACCCUCGCCGCCGUCGGCGCCCUUGCCAAGCGGCCCGACCACCCCGUUCUCACGUCCAUCGUCGUCACCGAGCUCUUCCACGUUGCCUACCUUCACCCUCCCACCCGCGACGUCCUCCACAAGCCGGUCCGUGGCAUUCUCAGCGAAAUCGCUUUUGUUCACCCGCACACCGUUCUCCCGUCUCUUCUAGCUGCCAUCGCCACUCAUCUCUCGGCGCUCGGGCCCAUGGCGCUGAGCCUGGUCCGCGGCCUACCGCUUGGCGCCUGGUCCUCGUUUGACCUCUCGCAUCUCGCGCAUCUCGAGCCGUGGCUCCUCGACGCGCCCGUCGACUCGGUCCGCUUCCGUCUCGCAGCCGCCAUUCUCGAGAACCUGCCCUGGGGCUUUGCUCGCGAGCCGGACACCCGCGUCCGUACUCCUAUUCUCCCAUUCGCGCUCCACCGAGCCGCCGGCCUCCUCGCGUUUCAGCUCUACGCAUCCCACGUCCUCACUUCGCGCUCCGGCCCACUCAAGUCAACCAAGGCAUCGCGCGCUGCUGUCGAGGCCUUUGUUCUCCGAUUCAUCUCGUGCCUUGCUCUCUUUGUCGACACUGACAUCGAUCCCAGCCUACAUUUUCUGGAGCCGUCGCUCACCCCGCGCCUCGAGUGGACCGGUGACAUCAAGUCCAACGCCGACGCGGCAGCCCCGAUCCGGAACAUGGCCCUCUUUCUCUUUACUGGCUCGGGCGCCUCGUCGGCCGCCUUUGCCAACGGCGGCCUCGAGUUUAUCCAUGCCGUUGCCAACGCCCACUAUCCGGGCUCGGUCGGCGUCAGCAGCUGGCCGCCGCACUCGCUCUCGCUCCUCUCGCUCAUUCUCGACAAGAUCCUGGCCUCCAGCAUUGUCGACGACCCGUCUGCCGCAAUCCUUCUCGCCCAGCACUGGCCGGUCCCGGUCGGCUUGCCGGACCGAUGCCUCCCGGCCCACGUCACCCGUCUCCUUGCCGCUCUCUUGACUGCGCACGCCGUCGCUGGUGCCGGUGCGCCCGCCUCUGCUGACGCCCGUCUCCUGCCGCAUGUCAUCUUUCCGUUCUGGGCCGCCGUCCUCACACAGGCCCCCGACUGGUUUACUGCCGCCUCGCCUCGGCGCGCUCUGAUGAACGUUCUCUCGCACGCCGCGCUCGUCAUGGGCGUCUCGGACACGCUUGUCGGCGCCUACUCUGCUGCUACCGCGACUGUCAACGCCGCCGCGCCGUCCACCAUGUCCAAAAUCGGCUCGUUCUUCGGUGGCCUCAUCGGCUCCGAGGCCAAGUCGCGCUCGCUACUCGCCACCAACGCCAACGCCACCCUCUCCAACGACAUCCUCACGCCGCACUCACUCGACGUCGACUGUCCUGCGCUCAUAUUUGAUGUGCUCUACAUCGAGACUCUCGCGUUCCUCGGGAAGCUCGACGAGCUCGGUGCCCAGCUGGUGGCCGCCGGGCCAGGCGCUGCCCAUCGCGUCCUCAAGUCGGCCGGUUAUUCACGUACCAUGUGCACUCUACCUAUCUACAAGUGGGCUGCCUACGCUGUCGCGCUCCCGGUCGGCUCAACUCUCCAUCCGCUUUUCCUUCACAUGUUUUUUGCGCUCUACGCCGCCUCGUCCGGUGUCCAUGAUGCUGCCUUUGCUGGCUACGCCAACUACGGCGCGCUGUUCUUUGACGAGCUCUCGAUCCCGGCUCCGUUUCUCAACCUCAAGACCCAGGUUGCUACCCUCCUUGUUGCACUUGUCAACCACCACCAGACACUCGAGACACCGCUCGCGCCGCAGCUGGUCGAGAUCUACACCGCAAUGUCCGAAUGGCUCGCCUCGCCGGCGCUUGCCUCACUCUUUACCACCGCUGCUGCCAACACCGGAGGCACCCUCGACGCCCGCUUCCUCCCGGAUCGGCUCGUCGCGCUUGUCCUGCGCUCUCCGCUCGUCGACCGCUCGUAUCUCUGGCGCGACCUUGUCGACCUGCAGGCUGGCUUUGUGAGUCUCGCCCGCGGCGCCUCGGUCUGGCUCCGCAUCCAUCCGCGGUGCUGGACCGUGCCCGAGGCAGCGGUGGAGACGCCGCUCGAGCCGGUCGCUCGAGCCUUUGAGCGUGCCGACCCGCACCCGCGCGGCUUUGCUUUCUCGCCGUCGGUUAAUCUCGGCGAGGUCCUUCUUGGUAUCAACACCGCUAGAGUCGCCGAACCCGCGCCGCUGGCCGCCCGACCGGUUCUCGAGCCCGCGCCGCCGUCGGUCGACUCGAUGCUGUACAUGCUCAAUCCGCUGGUGGCCCAGGCUCGGGCCCACUCGACCCGCGAGACAGACUAUCUCCUGCUCGACGAUGAGUAUCUUCGCCUGCUCCCGCAGCUUUAUGUCAACGAGCCGCGUGAGCGCCACGAGCUGAAGAGCUGUUCCGGCUCGGGCAAGAAUGCCUGUCGACAACCAGUCCGCUUUGUGGUGCCCUACACCGAGCGGGUGAUGCAGAACGGGGUCUCCGACUCGAUCGUUCGCAACCGAACCCGCGUCAACGAGCUCAUUGCUGCCUCUGGCACCGCGCCUGAUACCUGCAUCCAGGCCCUCCGAGUCCUGCUUGCGGUCGAGGAGCUUGUUGCCGCGUCAGCCGUCCAGACCAAGGUUGGAUCUGCGCUUCUCGACGGGCUGCUUGCCCUCAUCUCGCCGGACACGGUCCGCUAUCCGCCGCUGGCCUACUACUUUGGCCUUGUGCUCUCCCGCCUCUCGCCGGCAUUCUGGCGGGCAGAUCCCGACGCGACAACUGGGCUGCUUGACACUGCGCUCCACGCACCGUACGCCAUUCCGAUUUACGCGCACGUCUUUGACCCCUACCGGGCGCCGCACGCGCUCACAGCCAUGCUGGACACCCUCUUUACCGCAGCGCGCACCCUCGGGUACGACGCCGUCUCUCCGCUCCUCGCUGCGUUCAACGGCGCGCCGAGGUGUGCGCCUCCGUACCAGCUCUUCCCACGCGAGCAGGGCGAAGGCAUGCUGGUGCGGAUCGUGGGCGAGGUUGACACUGUGCUGGGCGUCCAGGAUCAGAUUGUCGGUCUUGAAGCGGCCGCCACGGCGCUUGUUGCUGUCUUUGAGUGGAUCCUGACCGCGCAUGGGCUCGCAGCCUCGGGCGACAUUGUCCCGUUUGUCCUCCCGCAGCUGCUGGGCAUUUCACCGCAGGGCGCCACGCGCCUUUUGGCCGCCCUGGCACAAGUACCGCUCCCGACCCAUGCCACCGAGCUCGCGCGGAUCUUUGGUACCCUCACUGAGCACUUUUGGGCUGUCCGCAACUCGACCCGACUCUUCGACAUCUACCACGAGCCGUACGUGGCUGCCCUGGGCCAGUUUGUGUCCGCGCUGGUAGCUGCAGCGGCGGCGGCAGCUGGCCCGGGAGUCGCCUCGGAGUAUGCGGGUUUUACCGGUGCCAACGCCGCCCGCCCGCUGUUGGAUCUCUGGCACGGCGUUGCGGGACUCUGGCAGCCGUUCCUCUGCUCGAUGCCUUCGCCCGACGACGCUGGUGCGCCAGCGCAACAGCCAUUUGAUCUCGCAGCUCAUACUGGCGAGUGUCUGGCGGCAAUGGAAGCGCUCCGGGGCUCUAUCGACGCGCUCACCUCUCACGAGGCGUGUGCCGGUGAGCUGCUUGCCUCGGUCUUUGAGUGGUACGUCCGUGCGCUGGUUCCUUUCUCGGAACCUGGAACCCGGGUGCUCUUUGACGAUGUUCUCGGCUCGCUGGCGUGGCGCCGAUGGCAGCUCGACUCGGCAGGCCUUGCACGGCUUGUGAGCAUGGUCACGCCCAACGCGGCCGGGCUCUUCCUCCGUGUCCUCCCGCAGGUUCUUCCACCGAUCCUCAUGACCUCGCCAGCCAUGCCAAUCUCGACUGUGCGCGAGACGUCAGUCGCUCUGGCACUGGCUGUCCGGCACGCGCCGCUUCCGAUUCCUCGCGACGCUGUCGCGCUGCUUGCAUCGACCGCAGAGUGGCAAGAACUGCCACCAGAGGCGUACCGUAUGAUGGUCGAUGCGGUGCCACUGGUUCUCGACGCCGCCAUCGCGCCGCUGGUUGUCGAUGCGCCGUCGGUGGAGACGAGCGUCACCUCCGAGGCGGGACGGAUUUCGCUCAUCCUCGGCCUGUGGCGGGUGCUCGCUCGUGAGUCGCCGGCCAAGCUAGCAGUGCUGAACGGGGCAGCCAUGGCGGCUGUGCUCUCGGGGAGUGGUGUCGACACCGGCUUUAACUCGGCGCAGCACCCGAGCCUCGUGGGCGAGCUGCUGGGCCUUGUGGGCGCGCGCAUUGACAGCGCAUCGACCGACGACGUGCACGCGAUGCUCAGCUCGCUGGUGGAGAUGCACAACUUUGCGAGCCCCAACUGCGCAGACGAGCUGCUGCGGACCUUUGUCUCGUUUGCAAGCAUGCAUCCGUCGGCGGCAUCAGCCAUGGUGGCGGUGGCGUCGUCGCGACUGGCGUCGGUCGAAGCCAUGGUCGGCCUGGUAGAGGCCUCACUCGCAGCUGCGGACGGAGCCGGGCACCAGAUCCAGAGCCUCGCGUCGAAUGUGCGCGUCCCCGAGCUUGCCGCGGAUGCCUUUACUGCCGCGUGUGUCGCUGCGUGCGCAGGCUUCACUCUUGUCUGCGUGCUCGAGCAGCAGCGGAACAAGGCACAGGCUGCCCACAACGGCUGCGAGUGGUUCCGGGCCAUGACGGUAGAGGCUGGGAACGAACGCGCAGCAGUAGCGUUGGUCCUCAAGGUUCUCGAGCUCGCGCCUACGUUUGAGGUCGUGGCGGCCAUCGGGAGCGCGCUCGCCGAUGCAACCCGGGUCAAGCAGGGCCUCUUUGCGCGGAUGGCCAAAAAGGUCGGCCUGCGGCGGAGUGACAAGGCGCCGGCGGCAUGGUUCACGGCGCUCUCGCGCGGCUUUGGUCUCUGGACAGUCUUGCGGACCCGAAACGCCGCCGAGCCAGAUCUGGCCCGCGAGCUCAAGGACUUUCGCGAGCUCGGCCGCAAGAAAACAUACGCCCACCUCAAGUUCGCUCUCGACUCGGUCAUCGAGCUGGUCGAGGGCGACGGCGAGGCCAGCCCGGAGCCAGGUGCAUCCACAUAA